AUGGCCCACAAGGGCGUCCCCGAGCCCGUUCAGUACACCACCUCGAACGGCGCCCCCUACAACCAGCCCUACGAGGCGCAGCGCAUCGCCAGUUAUGCCAACAAGCAGAUCGGCUCCAACCUGCUCCUCCAGGACUUCCACCUCAUCGACCUCCUCGCUCACUUCGACCGCGAGCGUAUCCCUGAGCGUGUCGUCCACGCCAAGGGCGGAGGAGCACACGGCUUUUUCGAGGCCACCCACGACGUCAGCGACAUCUGCAUGGCCGACUUCUUCAAGCAGGGCACCAAGUCGCCCGUCACUGUCCGCUUCUCUACCGUAGGCGGCGAGUCCGGAUCGGCAGACACUGCCCGCGAUCCUCGAGGCUUCUCAAUCAAGAUCAGGACGACGCAGGGCAACUGCGACUGGGUCUUCAACAACACUCCCGUCUUCUUCCUUCGCGACCCGGCCAAGUUCCCUCACUUCAUUCACACCCAGAAAAGAGAUCCCCAGACACAUCUGAAGGACAACGUGCAGUUUUGGGAUUAUUUAUCUUCCAACCCAGAGUCUAUUCAUCAGGUCAUGAUCCUCUUCGGCGACCGCGGUAUCCCUCGAGGCCACGCUUACCAGCAUGGCUACUCGGGCCACACCUUCAAGUUCGUCAACGACAAGGGGGAGUGGCAGUACGCUCAGAUCCACGUCCGCUCCGACCAGGGCGUCAAGUACUACACUCAGGAGGAGGGCGUCAGGCUCGCUGGUGAGAACCCCGACAUCUGCAACCAGGAGCUCUUCGAGCAGAUCGAGAAGGGCCAGUACCCCUCGUGGACCGUCUCCGUCCAGACCAUGACGCAGCAGCAGGCCGAGGAGUUUGAGCACUCUGUUGGAGAUUUGACGAAAGUGUGGCCCCAUCAUAGAUUCCCUCUUCGCCCCGUUGGCAAGCUCGUGCUCAACAAGAACCCCAGCAACUACUUUGCUGAGAUCGAGCAGGCUGCUUUUUCGCCCUCGCACCUUGUGCCCGGCAUCGAGCCCUCUGCCGAUCCCGUCCUGCAGAGCCGUCUCUUCUCCUACCCUGACACCCACCGUCACCGCCUGGGCGUUAACUACCAGCAGAUUCCGGUCAACGCCCCUCUGGUCCCCGUAGCCAACUUCCAGCGUGAUGGCUUCAUGACCGUCAACGGCAACCAGGGCUCGCGUCCUAACUACAUGUCUUCGAUUCAGCCCCUCACCUACAAGGCGCCUAGCACCGUCUCUGCCUCGCAUGAGAAGCUUGUCGCCAGCCAGAUCGAGAACUUCCUUUCCAAGUUCGACGAGGACCUCGACACGCGUCAGCCUCGCGCUCUUUGGGAGAAGGUCCUCGACGAAGGUGCUCGCGAGCGUCUGGUCAAGAACAUCUCGGGUCACCUCGGCGGCUGCCAGGACAAGGAGAUCAUCAAACGCCAGCUCGCCAUCUUCAAGGCUGUGCACCCGGACUUCUACGCUGGUGUCUCCAAGGGCGUAGGUGUCACGAUCUAA